GUUUUAAUAACUUAACUUAUUAACUAGCCACACCUAGCUCAUUAUAACUUUUUUGCAAAGAAUGUCAGUAGAUUUAAUGUCCGAGUAUCUGAAGGAGUCUCUUUGUGAGGACAUAUCCUUUGUCCCUUUCUCUCUCCCUCCCAGUAGUAGUGAUGUUAUUGGGUGGAGCCAGUGGGUGGAGUCACUGGAAGCUAUUGAUUAUGAUCUAAGACACUUAUUGCAGCUGUCACACGACAAGUUUUGGUCUCAAGUUCUUUACGAUAAAACACUUCCAGUAUUACUAGACAGUUACUUGCAGCAUGCACUCCGGCCUCAUGAGGAGGCGUGGUCAGUUCCGGAGAAGAUUCUUGAAUUAUUGAGGAACAUUCAUCGAAGGGUCUUCAUGACAUUCCUACGUCUUUCAACACACAAAGAAGACCAGGAUCAUCACUUUUCUCCCGAAGUCUUUGGGAAUUUAAUCCACACCCACUCAUUAUUUAGUGUGCCACGCCUACUAGACCUCUGCAGUAUCUAUGGCAACACUAACGGACAGUUACUGGGGAAGAUGAUUGAUAAUGUGAUCAGUAAAGAGGAGCAGUAUCGGACUGACCUGUAUAGUGUGAUGAAUACCAGCGUGAAGGAGGCUUUAGGAGUACUAGUGGAUAGAAGUAGUUCAGCUGAAAGUUUUAGUGAAGCUGUUGAUCUUCUUUCAUAUUUCACGGACAUUACUCACUCUCUCUCCUCUCUCAUUAGCGUAUGGAGACCAGCUGCUUCCUUAAUGUGUAGAGCUGGACUCAUUGAGAGUUUGAUUAAUUGUUAUGAGCUCUCACUUCCGAUCUUGAAGCUGAAAUUGAAAGAGAAUAAAACCGAAAAAUUCCCUCGUGUUUGUUAUCAGCUGGUAAAGGAGAACACCUCUAAAAUAGUUCACUCGCUAUUGAUGAGCUGUUGCCAUGGAGACGAGAGGAAGGGCGGGGCUGAGGACCAGGUCCUGGCUAGUAUCAGUGCCAUAGCAACUGGAAAAAUGUUUUAUAACGAGUUUGAGAAGCACUUUAGCUUAAGAGAUGUGUUUCAAUCACUGAAAGAAAUCUACCCUAAUCUUGAUGACAGUCAGUUACAGUACAUGUUAGCUGAGACAGUGUCUGAUGUAGCCCCAGCUCCUCCUGCUGUGUCUCCAGCUGCUAGUAGCCAGAGGGCCAAGGGGAAGGCCCCUUCAAUUAAAGAAAGUGUAGCAUACAUCAAAGAAAUGCUACCACAUCUGGAGGAAGAAUUCAUUAAAGAUUGCCUGAAAGAGUAUCAUUACAAUCAAGAGGUUGUAAUACAUCACAUACUGGAGGGUACACUCCCUCCUCACCUACUACCCCAAGAGGAGGAAGCCACACCUGCUGAAGCCACGCCCCUUCCUCUGGAGGAGGGGCAGAGUAUUCUAGAGGGGAGACUAGGUGCUUAUGAUUAUGAUGAGUUUGAUAUUUUCAGAAGAGAAGACGUUGAUUUGUCUAAAAUACAUGUUGGAAAGAAAUUUGAGUCAGCAAGAGAAGUUCUAUCUGAUAAGUCUCACCUCCGCUACAUGAAGGGGGUGGGGCUUGAUUUAAUUAAUUACGACGAGUAUGAUGAUGAAUAUGAUGACACAUAUGACAGUCACAAUAUCGGCUCAUUAGAUCAAGAGGAAAAUGAUGACAUAUUUACCAUCAAGAGAUUAAAUGAAAAAGGUCAGUUUUCCUCAAGAGGUCACAAGUGGUUGAGUGAGGAAGAGGGCGUGGCUGAAAGUGAUGAUCACCCCGCCCAUCAACCAGCCCUACCCACCCAACCCCUGAAACUGUUACAGCGACCUGUCACACCGGAUAAAAUAAGAAAAGAGAAGACGUCACCGUCUCUUAAAAAUAGACAGCAGCAAAAAGGUGGAGCCAAGAGACACACCAACCAAUCAAAAAGAGAAGAGGGCGGGGCCAGGAGCAAGAGGGCGGAGCUACAGCAUGAAGAUAAGAAACCUUCAAAGGCUGAGCGUAAAGAAGAGAGACUAGCUGAUAAAGAACCCUCGAGAUCAGUAGAGAGACAGAGAACUUAUAAUGAGAGACACAAAUCAUCAAGAGCCAAUCACAAUAGGAAGGCUUUAUCCGAUAAGAAAAGGGGCGGGGCCUAUUAAGAGGAAUGUAACAUUAAUGUUAAUUCAAAACUGCAGCUGUGACCUUUCAAUAGCAAUGAAUGUUAUUUAUUCAGCAAUAAAUAUCAUUAACUAAUCACACGAAAUCAUUACAACUAUUGGUUGCUAACAGCAACGCUUGUAAAGUAAUUGUUUUUAAAAGUUCCCUUCUAAUCUCUGUAUAA